GAAAAGAUAGACACGAUGUCUGAAUUCGAAGUUGCCGAUGCAAAUCAAAAGUUGGGGGAGGAAGUUAGUGAGUUGAAAGAUGAGGCUGUGCCAAAACCUUGUAACGAUAAAAUCGUACAAGAAAAAGUUACCCCAGACGCUCCCGUUAAAGAUAAAUGUAUUCCUGAGAGUACAAAUGACGUAAGUGAGAUUGAAAUAUCUGAUGAAGUUGACACAAAUCCAGUGGAUGAUUCCGCUGAUGAUGUUAUCAAUGAUGAUAUCUUGGCUCAAGUGUACAAACGUGAAUUAAUGAAAAAAAGAUAUUCGGUGGAUAUUAAGAAAAGCCGCAUGGAUUUCAAAAGGUUUUCUGUUGAUUAUCGCCGAGAUACAGCUACAUUAGAAGAAUUGGCGCGACUUGAGCAAAAGUUAGCACAAACGAAUUUUGAUGUCAGGCCUGGCGGCCGACGUAAGUCUACGGGGAUACUUAAAACGAGUGUUAGUACUGGAAGUGGAGAUCAGAAGUCUUUUCAAGAGCCAAGCUCUGAUGACGAUGACGUAUUUGAAAAGGGCACACCUGAGUCAACCGAGAGGCCCACUGAGCCGCCCGCUACGCCAGUGGGACGAGACGAAUUGGCUUUGCGGAGACAUCGAUUCUUCUCUGAUCUGGUGUGCGCCGCACGCGCAGCCGUCGAGCACCGCGUUCGUUUCGACCCCCUCGGACCUGUGGUGGCUGAACCUGGCGGUGAAACCGAGGCAACAGCUGCAUUCCACAGCCCCGCAGCGGACCUCGAGGCUCUGAUCGAGCGGCUGGAGCGCGUGACGUCACGCCUGGAGCGCCUGCCGCAGCUGCUGCCGCCCUCGCCGCCCGCCACCCCCGCGACGCCGGCGUCGCCCGCCCCCUCUGUCACCCAGCAGGACGAGCUACAGCUCGUAAUUUCUGACAAUAUGAGUAUCAGUGGGUUCCAGGACAUUAUACAGGGUCCGCUCCGGACGUAUUUGGAGCUGUCCAAACAGAUCGGCGGAGAUGUCGCCACUCACGCCAACCUCGUCGGAAAUGCUUUCCAGGCUCAAAUGCGCUACAUCCAGCUAGCGGGCUCCCGCAGCAAGCCAUCGCAGAGCGAAGAGAUGCAACUGCUAGCGCCCACCAGCGAACAGAUAUCUGCGAUCCAAGGAUUCCGCGAGAAGAACCGCGCGUCGAAGCUGUUCAACCAUCUGUCAGCCAUCUCCGAGAGUAUCCCCGCCCUGGGUUGGGUAGCGAUUGCGCCGACGCCGGCGCCCUACGUGAAGGAGAUGAACGACGCCGGGCAGUUCUACACGAACCGCGUGCUGAAGGAGUGGAAGGACAAGAACGUGAAGCACGUGGAGUGGUGCCGCGCCUGGGUGCAGCUGCUCACCGAGCUGCAGGCCUACGUCAAGCAGUACCACACCACCGGGCUUGUUUGGUCUGGCAAGGGAGCGGGCGCGCCGCCGCCGCCGCCCGGGGGCAUGCCGCCGCCGCCGCCCGUGCUGCCCGCCGCCGACUUCUCCAACCUGUCCGUGGACGACCGCAGCGCGCUCUUCGCCGAGAUCAACCAGGGCGAGAACAUCACUAGCAGUCUCCGCAAGGUGACAUCGGACAUGCAGACGCACAAGAACCCCUCGCUGCGCCAGGGCCCGGCGCCGUUCAAGGCCGCCUCGCACACGCCCAGCAAGGCGCUGCCGCAGCCCGGAGCCGGCGCUGUUGACAAGCCGCCCGUGUUCGCCCGCGACGGCAAGAAGUGGCUCAUUGUGAGUAUUAUACUACCAGCUAGAGUGGCACCGUUCAAGGCCGCCUCGCACACGCCCAGCAAGGCGCUGCCGCAGCCCGGAGCCGGCGCUGUUGACAAGCCGCCCGUGUUCGCCCGCGACGGCAAGAAGUGGCUCAUUGUGAGUAUUAUACUACCAGCUAGAGUGGCACCGUUCAAGGCCGCCUCGCACACGCCCAGCAAGGCGCUGCCGCAGCCCGGAGCCGGCGCUGUUGACAAGCCGCCCGUGUUCGCCCGCGACGGCAAGAAGUGGCUCAUUGUGAGUAUUAUACUACCAGCUAGAGUGGCACCGUUCAAGGCCGCCUCGCACACGCCCAGCAAGGCGCUGCCGCAGCCCGGAGCCGGCGCUGUUGACAAGCCGCCCGUGUUCGCCCGCGACGGCAAGAAGUGGCUCAUUGAAUACCAGAAGGGCAACGCCAACCUGGUGGUGGAAAACGCUGAGAUGAACAACGUGGUGUACAUGUUCCGGUGCCGCGACUCCGCGCUCACGGUGCGCGGCAAAGUGAACGGAGUCGUGCUCGACUCGUGCACCAAGUGCGCCGUCGUGUUCGACAACCUCGUCUCCAGCGUGGAGUUCGUCAACUGCCAGUCCGUGCAGAUGCAGGUUCUGGGCAAGGUGCCGACCAUCUCCGUGGACAAGACGGACGGCUGCCAGAUCUACCUCUCCAAAGACGCGCUCGACGUCGAGAUCGUCAGCUCCAAGUCUUCUGAGAUGAACGUGCUCGUACCGAAGGGCAACGGCGACUACACGGAGUGGCCCGUGCCGGAGCAGUUCAAGACGGUGGUGAACAAGAGCGGCGGGCUGUCCACCACGCCCGUCGAGAGCAAGGGCUAAGCGCCUUCAGGCCCGGGAACUUCCACAUCCCGCAACCGGCCGAACCUUGCUCUCCGGUUGACGUCUACUGGUCCUCUUUAUCCUUGCAAUAUGACGAUGUACGCAGCGUCAAGCGUCAACCAGAGACCAAGCCUGAAAAGUCGUGGCAAAUUACCGUUAGACGGUGAUGAUUGUUUUCAGAUGUUUUCUUUUUGACGUCUUAUUUUUGUGACCACAUUUUUUUCGUAAUAUUUUUUUAAUAUUUUAGAUGUUUAUUUAAUUCAAUUAUUAAAUUAAGAUUAAUAUUAUUCAAUUUAUACAUAUUUGCAUUUUAAUUUAUUCGUAUUAGUCACCCCUGACGUACAUUUGCCACGGUUUGGACUACCCGUUUGCGGGGUUUGAUUACCAUUCAUAAUGAGUGCGCUCAACGCCGGGUCUACCAACCGCCCGCUCAUUUUGUUUAUUAUGAUAAUUUGCACGGUCUAGUUGUAACUUCUGACACACUAGAAUUCGUAUCGAAAUUCUACCCAAAGCACAAAACGUUCUCGGGCACUUCAUCAUCUAUUACUAAUACGUGUCCAAUCUGAUUUUGCCAAUGUGAAUUCAUGCUCCCUUCAUUUCCUAGUAUUUAAAUGUAUAUCUUACGUGACGUAGCAAUCAUUGUAACUCAAGUAUUUACUGGCCUUUUGAGAUGUAUCAGAAUGAUGUUCCUUGCUAUAUUUUUAAUAAAGAAUCAGUCUGUAAGGCGAGGGAGUGGAGUACCGCUGGGUACGGGAUUUAAUUAAGUUAGAUAAGGCGUGUGACUGUAACGAGUUUGGAAUUGGAAUGCUUUUAUUGGUCUCGACUUUUGCUAUCACUAGCAGUGAUUCUAUAACCCCGACUUGUCUCGCAAAAUGCUAAUUUACUUAUUAACGUUUGAGUCAUCGAGUUCUCUCGAGCGGUUUAUUGAGAUUUUCUUAUUUGAGACGAUUAUAAUUUAUUGGUAUUAUAAUUUUUAAUUUCUUUGGAGUAUUAUAUUAUGUAGGUAAUAAUGAAUCAGUAUAAUUCUAUUCCGUUUUAUUAUGAAUGUGACAUCUCUAUUAAGAAUUAAACAAUUAAUAAUGCCAUCAUUUUGAACAUAUGAAUAAUGAUAAUUUGUAAUACAAACGUUUGCAUUUUGUUAAUUUAUUUGUCGAGAGAUUAAACUAAGUUUUAAGGAAA